UGCAUUGCUGCUGACGUCACUUGGUAAACAUUGCAAUAUUCAAAGCUCCUGUAACUCAACUGCUGCUUCUCCGAAAGGCGCAAAUGCGAACGGAUUACCUUCAGUUGGUCAGCGGGUCUCCAUAAACCGCAUUUGCUUAUUCUGCUCUUACCUUAUUUCCUAGCGGCCGCCAAACACGGGCGUCGUCUGUGCAAGAUAGUCGACUACUGAGGAAGAAUAAUAAACGGAGUUCGUCUUAAUCUGGGGGGGAAAUGGCUUCGCAUAGGAGUAACGGGGACGGCAUGGAAAGCAUGCAGCUGGCGGAGGAUCAGAUCAAAGCGCUGGAGGAGAAUUUCAUGAAAGUCAGCAAGCAUCCGGACGAGACGACGCUCAUGCUGAUCGCGGCGGAGUGCGGACUGUCCGAGCGGGACGCGGCAAAGUGGUUCCGGCUUCGCAAUGCGCAGUGGAGACAGUCUGAGGGUCUCCCCGCCGAGCAGGGCUCCGUCAAGGACUGAGGCAGAAGAGGGUCAUCGCCCAAAGUGCCCCCCCUUCCAUCCCACCUCCCUCCCAAACUUCCCUCCGCAUGUCUGAGCUGUACUUUGCUGAAUGUGACCUGUAUGCAAGUCUUAUUUUUAUAGAUAUAACCAGCAUAUUUCCAUAGGUAAAUAUACAUCCCUAAUUAUAUGUAUGUAAAUGUAAUUUAUUGUAUGUCAUUCAAGGCCCUCGGCAUGUAGUGUUUGCAGUUACAAGCAUGGAGCUUAGUUGAGAGAUGAUCUGAUGGGAUCAGAGUACAUUCUGAUCCAAGGCUACUGCACUUCUCCUGAUUAUGAAGAUCCCUGACUGGAAUUGUCUGCUGAAGGGUUACAGGUUCCCAAUCCAAGCCUUAAGGACGGGGGAUGUAGAAAAAUAAAUAAAUACAUAUACAAGAGA